AUGUCAGAAACAGAGUCCAAAACCUCUCAGACCACAGAGGAGGUGCCUAAGUUCCUCAAGUGCAAGGGCGAAAAGCUCAACAAGGUGAUUACCACCAUGUGCGGUGUUGGUUUCUUCCUUUUCGGCUAUGACCAGGGAGUGAUGGGUUCUCUUUUGACGCUUCCGACGUUCAGAGCCACUUUCCCGGAAAUGGACACCGUUUCCAACGACGAGCAGAGCUAUGCUAUCUGGCAGGGCUUCGUCAUUGGCAUCUACGCCGUGGGGUGUUUGCUAGGGGCCCUUUCCACCAUGUACAUUGGAGACAAGUUUGGCCGUGUCAAGAUGAUUUUCUGGGGAUGUGUGAUUAUUGUGAUUGGCGGAAUUUUGCAAGCCGCUGCCAUCAGCACCGAUUUCUUGAUCACGGCUCGGAUUAUUUCGGGAGUAGGCAACGGUUUGCUUACUGCCACUGUUCCACUCUACGCUGCCGAGUGUUCCAAAGCCAACAGCAGAGGCAAAAUGCUCUGCAUCCACGGCUCCUUGAUCACAUUCGGCAUUGCCGUUUCGUACUGGAUCGACUUUGCCUUCUACUUCACAGAACCCUUGGAGCCCCACGGAGAGGUUUCCUGGAGAUUCCCCAUUGCGUUCCAGCUUGUGUUCCCAGUGGGGAUCUGCUGUUUCGGCACCACGUUCCCGGAAUCGCCCAGAUGGCUUAUGGGCCAGAGCAGACGUGAAGAAGCCGCCAAAGUGUUUGCUUCUUUGUACGAUAAGGUGCCCAGCCAUCCAUAUGUGCAGCUGCUUUGCGACGAUAUUGCCAGAUCCUUGGACGCUGAAAAGAAGGCCGGCGGUAACAAAUUUUCCUUGAAAGCCUUGGUCAGACAGGGCCCCCGCAAGAACUUCCAGAGAGUCAACUUGGCCGGCUGGUCCCAGGUCAUGCAGCAGAUUUGCGGUAUCAACUUGAUCACCUACUACGCUGGAACUAUUUUCGAGAGUUACAUCGGCAUGGACCCGUUGGAGUCUCGUAUUUUGGCCGCGUGCAACGGCACCGAGUACUUUUUGGCCUCUUUGAUUCCCAUCUUCGUUAUCGAAAAAUUCGGCAGAAGAAAGCUCUUCCUUUUCGGUACCUCGGGCCAGUGCUUGAGUAUGUUGUUGCUUUAUGUGUGUAUGGAGAUUGCCGAACAGGGCAACGACGGAGGCUCGAUUGGUGCUGCCGUGUUGCUUUUUGCUUUCAACACCUUCUUUGGAAUGUCGCUUUUGUCGCUUACCUGGUUGUACCCUCCAGAAGUGUCCUCCCUUGAAGUCAGAGCUCCUACAACCGGUAUCUCCACCGCCUGCAACUGGGGCUUCAACUUUAUGGUUGUGAUGAUCACGCCCAUCUGCUUCAAUUCCAUCGAUCACCACACAUACCUUAUUUUCUUUGCCAUCAACUUCCUCAUGGUGCCCGUUUUCUACUUCUUGUACCCCGAGACCAGAGGCAGAACCUUGGAGGAGAUGGACUUGAUUUUCGAAGAAACGCCCACCUGGAAGCCCUGGAAGGCUGUGCACCUUGCAGCCACCAUGCCUUUCCUCCACGAAAAGGACGAUCUCGAGAGCUUCAAGGCCAGAGCUUCUCACGAGCAGUACUCCCAUGUUCCCGAUUCCGCUGAGUCUGACGCUGGGCUCAUGGACCAAAAGGCCGAUGCCAAGCAUGUGGAAGACACCAACAGGGAGGAGAGCUCCAGAGACUCCAGGGGUGUGUGA